UGGAUCUUUAUUUAAUUUAGGGCUUUCUGUCUGUAUAGUUUUUACGGGGGUUCAUUAGAGCAGACGUGUCGCUGUAGGAGAUGCGGGCUGGGACGGAUUCUUAACUGGACAUUUGGAAACGCUACGGCUUCUCCCGCCCGGUUGUUAUGGAGCAGCCACCUGGGAGCGUAGAUGAUCUACAGCCUCAAGACCUCUCCACCUCCAGCAUCCCCACUGUGAUCGACCUGACCAGGAAAGGGGGGGAAUGUGUCCUUAGCUCUCCGGCUCUGGAUGCCGUGCGAGUUGUCAGGAGCCCCGGCUGGUACCCAAACUCUGGGACCAGCAACAACUCUGGAAUACAAUUCUCAGAGACCGGCGCCUCGGACAUCACGCUCCAAUCAGGGGAUCAAGUUCAACCAGACAAUGCCUUCUCCCACACUACAGUCACCGUCUCCUAUGUGAGCAGGUCUCACGUCUUCUCCACCCACGACUCCCUAUCUCAACAUUCGCCUGUCUACAGCGUGCCGCCUAUCAGCAAGUUCUCCCUCCACCCUCCUUGUGACACAGAUAAGGGGCUCGGGGAGACUGGCUAUGCACUCACCCAGCGUUACUCGGAGCCAGUGGACCUCGCCACACAGUCGUUGUCUCAGGCUCAUGUGGGACCAGAGAACGAUGCGGGAGGACGUCUAACACAGGAGCCUAAUGAGGUUAAUGGUGAAGUCAUUUCCAGUGGUGUGGAUUUAGAAAAGCCUCUUCAAGGGGAAGAGGAGCACAGCCUUACUCGGGAAAACAUCAGAGGUUUGGAGAAUGGUCAAAGAGAAAGCUGGUCAAGUUCAGGAGCAUCACCGGAGACCCUAACCCACAUCACAGGGGAGGAUGAGGGGAGAGGGGACUCUGACGUGGUCUUCCUGAUGUCAAAGAAACAGGAGCCAGUGGUUGUCUCAGAUGGAAAAGGAGCUAGAGCCCUGUGUUCUCUGAGCAGGGAGUAUAUAAGUCCCCUGGACGACCCCGUCUCCCCCUCUGCUACCUCACUGGACGACGUGGAGGAUGUGUUCAUCCUGCCUCAGGCCUCCAGCUCGCCCAGCGGCGACAACUCUUAUCUAGAGAUAGCUGGGGAGGCUGCAUGUGAUGACUUGAGUACAGAAGAGACCAUUCAGCCCAAUUCUGGCAUCAGUGAUGGCAUCACAGGGUUGGAUUCAAGCGAUGAAAAUAAACAGCGAGCCCAUAGACGGAAGGCUGUGUUGGAGCCUUUGAUUGACUUGACAGAUGAUGUUUGUGUGUCAGAUGAUUCGGAAAACAAACCCAAGACUGUUGUUCCUCACAUGAACGGCAAUGCAAAGGUGCUACAGAGAACUUUAAAAGAAAGGAAACUGCCAUUGCGUUCCGGCAGAGGGACGCGGUUAGAGGCCAUAGUCAUGAACAUAAAUUCAAGCAGGUAUAAAGUGUCAGGAUGCAUACGCACCCAUAAGAAAGCCAGUGCUUUCCAAUCAGCAGCUAGUGAUUCCAGCUUAGCCAGUCCUAGGAGGACUAAUGCUGUCUUAGUAAAUAAAAGGAGAGGCAAAGUGAAGGCACCUUUCUCAGUGAAACAAACAAAACGAAAAGCAGUAGCUCCAGUGACAAGGGGUAAAUCUAGGAACAAUAAUACUGACAGUUGCAAAGACUCUACCUCUGAUUCUGAAAUCAUGAAUAAUUCUAAGGCACACAGCAGCACACCUCCAAAAAGUCCUCUGUUUGCUGUGCACACGAGGUCAAAGAGAGAACCAGUGGCUGUGUCUCCCCCUGUGCAGCCACCACAGAGCAGCCCUGUGAAGUCAAAGAGGAAAACCUCAUCACAGUCAAGUCCUCAGUUUGCUGUGCACAAGAACUCAAAGAAGGAGCCAGAGAUGCCUUCUCUGCCUGAUCCCUCAGUGGAAAUUCAUGUGGCAAGGUUUUCCCCACCACCAUCAAAAUCUCCAAAGAAAAGUCAAGGCAAAGCCAAAAGCAGAAGUCCUGGUAGCAAAACAUCUCCCACUGCCAAGACGAAAGCAGCUCGCACUCCCAAACGAAGGCGAAAGAAACACAAACCGAGCCAGUCUUCCUCCAUGUUCUCUCCCAAGGAGCCCGAGAUCAAGCUUAAGUACAUCAAUUAUAAGGAAGAGAAAAGAGACUUGAGAUUGGACAGUUUUUCUCCGUUCAUCCGUGUGGAGCGUCAGCAGUCGUCGCCAUCCCUUUGUACUGUAAUCAAUUACCCCGAGGAGGUUAGAACGCAACACAAGAAGGGCCAGCAGCAGCAGGCUCACACCAGCGGCUUUAUUUCUGCUGUCAUACCCAGCACCUCCUGCCUGCAGCUGGGCCGGGUGUCCAUGCACAGCCAGCACCAGCGCUCUCUGGUCUGCUGCCUGUGCGGGCAGUCGGCCAACGCCAUGGACUUGGGGGACCUCCAUGGCCCUUACUACCCUGAGGGGUACCGGCCGAGCACCAAAACACCAGCCACCGCGUCGGGCCUCAAAGCAGAGGAGGAUGACUACAGUGACUCUGACUCUUCGGCCUGCAGUGUGAGGGGCAGGGGCAGGAAGCGUGCCAGUCGGCCCACGUCGUGGGCCCUCAGGCCAGGGGCUCAGCUGAGGCAGAAAGGCCUCCUGGAGAAGCAACGGUGGACCGGUGACGGCACCAGCAGCCCUGCAGCUAAGCGGGCUCGGUCAGACGCUGGUUCUGCAGAUGUGGAGGACUGGUACAGCCCGCCUGUGCUGCCUCUGGAGCCUUGUGAGUACUGGCUCCAUGAAGACUGCGGCAUCUGGUCUGCAGGCGUGUUCCUCGUGAAGGGCAAAGUCUACGGGCUGGAGGAGGCUGUCAAGGUGGCCCAGGAGACGACGUGUUCGGCAUGCCACAAUCCAGGUGCUACGCUGGGCUGCUUCUUCAAAGGCUGUCCCAACAAAUACCACUACAGAUGUGCUCUGGAGUCAGACUGUGUUCUCAUUGAAGAAAAUUUCUCCAUGAAGUGUAAGAAGCACAAGAACAAGACAUUCAAAGCUCCUCCAGGGAACCGACGGGAAGACAGGUGACAGUGAACAGAAACCUCCUGAGAACGUUCACCUGCAGCGUCCUGCGGUGGUUCUCCUUCCCCAUUACUGCUGGUCACCGUGGCAACCGUGGACCAGGGUUCUUCUGACUGACAGCUAGCACCCACAAACCUUAACUUCACCCUCUGCUCUUCAACUGCACUGUUGACCCCCGACACUGUGACUGGAGGAGCCUCCCUCGGUCCAGUCUGACGGUACUCAUCAGCCAACACCACCUGUGGACGGAGGAAAACUACUCUUAAAGUAACAUGCUGAAUUAGUCAUUUGUGUAGUUAUUUAUAUGGGAUUUUUUUUUUCCUGAAUUAAAUAUGAAUAACAAUCAAAGAUAUUUAAUUUUGUAAAGAUUUUCUAAGUAUUUGAUUAUAUUUGGUUUAUUUAUUCCUGGACGUUUCGUAUCGGCUUCUUUAGCAGUUGUCAAAGAGGUUUGAUUGUGUGUGUUGUUUUUGUUUUUUUGUUUUUUUUUAAGUUAUUGGUAAACAGUGUGAUGUUGAAAUAUCAAGCCAAUCGAGGAGAUGCUGGUUUUACCACAAGAUGGGACAGAAAACAAAGGACUUAGGGGUCAAAACACUCCCCUUACAGAGUAAGGUACCUGAUUGGCGUCAACACAACAGGGUUCCGUAUUAAAUGCAACAACCUUCUUAGAUCCUCACACAUCACAUGACGUUUUGUUCCCAGUGCAGAAUUCACCCAAAUGACCUCACGCUGAACGUGGGGUCCGGUUGAUGUUGAGGGAGCCGGACAGUGUGUGUUUGAAUGUAUUUUCACAGGGAGCACUUUGGUCCUCUGCUCCGGCUGCAGUAUUACCUUCUUCAGCCUCCAGCCCUCGUUCACAUCAGGCUCUCUCAUGUGGCUCUUUGAAGCUCACGAGUCGUUUCUAAAGAACCACAUCCAACCAUCAGAAUGAGACUGUGUGGGUCUGUUGUUUUUUUUUCAUUUGGCUUAAAGCACUUUGAGCUCCCACUUCAGGCUGGGAGCACUUAACUGUGUCCAUAUUGUGUUUGCCUGUUCUGCCCUUAUAUCAGGUAAUGAUGAUAGGAUUUCAGUAUGAUUUGUAUUGAGCCCUGUUAGAGGAUGAUCAAUUCAUGAAACAGAGUUUUCCCCUAAAAGUUCAGGGGUUCCUUUGAAUGCAAAUCAUUGCUGUUUACUUGGAUUUCUUCUCUGUUUGAGCUUCAGUCGUUUCUUUCAGUUCCAAAGUUUGCAGUUCAGUAUUCACUCUGCUGUUGAGUGUACAUCAACAAACCCUCGUCUGCAGAAUCAGCUGCAGAGUCGCUCGAUUUUGAUUCCACCAGUGUUACUGAAGACAUCGGGUCUUCUGUAUGCUGGUGUGUCACACUUUUCUGUGCUGACACUGAGGAUCUUUGCUUUACAUCAGUCUUCAGUAGGUUCAAUAGUAAUGGCCAUGUUAGUGUUCCUGAUCAUUCACGAUUUUGUGUCUUGACUUGGGCCUAAAAGGUGCGUUUGCACCUGAACCUUUCUUAAAAAAAAUAAAAUAAAAAAAAAAGCCUUAUCUGACAUACAAGAGGUAUAUAUGAUUUUUUGUUUGUUUGUUUGUUUGUUUUCCAGUUCUAACUAGCUUGUGGUGCAACGACAAAUCAGUGGAUGUACUGUACAUCACGUCCCUUUGGACAUCCUGAUGGCUAAAGGCAGCUUGCAUGCACUUUCCUGCUGCAGAUGUUAUUGUUAUUAAUACCAGAGGCACGGUGGGCCGGUUCCUGAGGACCCCUCUGACCACGCAGAUGCACACUGACCCUCUAAGACUUGUGUGCUGAGAUUAGCUCCGGGUGUGUCGGUACCUGUUGGAUCAGGUGGAGUUUGGGGGCGUUGGGCCUUUCAGCCCGCCUCUUUGUAUUCAAGACGUCUCUGUGAUCAGUGUUGGUGUUAACGUCUGUGUACUUUCACAUCAGCGCCAUCGGGGGCAGCGCUGUGCUGGGUGAGAUCAGCGUGUGAGGCCCGUUAAGCCUUGACUUGAUGUCAACAGAUUUCCACACAGAGGCAGCUGAAGGCUUCGUCUGCUCAGUGUCUCACCAGCAGCAGAACACUCACACAUCUCCUGACUCCCACAACACUGUGUCUGUUCCAUUUGUGCCAUCUUUAUGUUUUGUGUAUUUUCUGUUUUGUUGCAGUGAAAUAACAGGCUUUUGUUUUUUGUUUUUAAUGAGCAGAUGUGUCAUCAAGCCUGGAAUUUUUCACAGCAUUUUCUUUUUUUUUCACUCACAAGCAGUUGUACCAAAUACAGAUUUUGGAAUAUGUUUUAUUCUUGCAAACCUACAAAAUGUCUGGAUUUUGAAAACUAUUUUGUCCAUGUGUUAAUCUCAGGGCUGAAUCUCAGAUAUUCUAAUGAUUUUGUUUUGUGAUUAUUGUAUUUGUUGGUUUUUCUUUCUUCUCUUGUGUUUUAACUCCACAUUGACUGGAGCAGUGAUCCAUGUAGCAGGAUGUGGUUAUCUCCUCAGAUGCAAAGCCUUUCUCUGUCCUGGUACACUCUCGCCGUCACAUUCCAACGCCGCCUCCAUGUGUCCGUCAGUGCUGUGCUGUUUUUAGGUUUAACAUGGGACUAGGACUGCCAACUCAUUGUCACACUUUGGUCAUCGUCUUAUUUUAUGGCAACUUUUUGUACUGUCUUGUUUACCUCUUGGAGCAUCAGAGGUCAUGUAAUUGUCAAAAUUAAAUAUUUUGUUUGUGGUUUUCUGUA